CUGAUUUAUGUAUGCAACUACUCACAAAAAAAAAACCAACAAAACAAAUCGCAUCGAAAAUCCCAGUCAACCAAAAAGACUUUGAAUGCUGCACAAAUAUAAAUCCAAUUGGAGGCAACACAGCAAGCGCAACGAGUGAGAUAUUUUUCCAACUGGGCAAUGAAGAUGGAAGUGCUCUCAGUACAAAACCACAUUCAGGGACAAUUCGGCGGCAUUGGCACAACAAAAGUUAAAGACUGGACGAGUCCGCUAACGGCACCAGCAACUGCAACAGCCGCGGAGGCGAACGUGGCUGACGUGGACGUUGCGAACGCGGACGUUGCGACCGUGGACGUGGACGUGGACGUCGACGUUGAUGUUGUGGAUGGCCACCCCGCUUCAGUGCUGCACAUGCGUCAGCAUCAGGCGCUCUACACCCGCCCGCGCCUUUCCUCCUCGUCGUCCGCCUCCUCGACAGGCGUCGGCGUCAAGGCCCCCGUCUGCCCCAUAGCGGCCAGCUUCGAUAUGCUAAACGGAGGCAGUGCAACCGCCGGCUACAUGUCGAACGUGUUGCAGGCAGCACCGCAGACAACAGCGCUGCCCGCCUCUCCGCUGCAGUCGACGCCAACCUCACGCCUCGGCGCCAUCGACAAUCUGGACGAUGUCAACGCGGUUGCGGUGCAGGAGCUGUCGCAGCAGCUACAGGCCAAGCUGCGCGACGCCAAGAGCCAGCAUCUGGCCUGCACCGAGGUGACGCUGCCCAACAACCUGAUGCAGCGCAUUGCAGCCGAAAUCAUUCGCAUGUCGGAGCGGGAGCCGUGCGGCGAGAGGGCCUGCACCAUAUUCAUCGAAUUCGAGAGCGAGCCGAACAACGUUAGACGUAUUGCUUCGUUUAAGGUGGAUCCGGAUACGGUCUCCAUAUUUGAGCUUUACCUAACGUUGAAGCAGGACAAGCGCGGCUGGUCCAGCCUGCUGCCUAAGCUGCUCAAAUAUAUAACACGCAGCAAUACGAUUAUGAUCAGUCCCGAUUUUACUUUGACCAAGAACAAACUCUACUCUCCCAGUAGAGGCAGCAUCAUAUGAGGCAUAUGGAAGGCGUAGAUGUCGAUGUGGGCGUGUUUCGAUGGUGUACUUUGGAUGCUGCACUUAAAUCAUUACACAAAUCCCUCCGAAUAAGUAAAUGAAUGUAUAAGACGAAGAACAGCGAAUGCAACAGCUCCAAAACUUAAAACGCAAACUCACGUCGGCGUCCUUAACAAAACCCAUCCAAAAGAAACAAAAACAUACAAAACAAAAAUUAAUAAUUUAAAAGAAACAACAAAACCCAUAAAGAGGCAAACUUUGGACCACAAUUCAACAAAUCCUGCAAAACAAAAACAACAAAUCAACGCAACACUAGGAGAAAUAAUAAUACUAAUAAUAAUUAAAACAGAAACCCAACAACAAAAACAAUUAUGUAUUUUGAGACCUACAAAAUCCUAAAAACAAACAAACACAAAAACAAAUCAACUGCAGUUGCAGGCAACUCAAAACUCUUAUUGGACUGACUUUUUGGCUUAAAAAAAAAAAAAAAAAUUUUUUAAAAAAAAAACCAAAAAAAAAAAAAAAAAAAAAAAAAAAUCAAAUAUUGAAAAUAUUGUAAACAAAAAAAGGAAAAUUGUCACUCAGUGAAAACGGUUGCCGGUUAUCCGUUUUUAAAAACAAAAACAAAAAAAUGGGAAAACAAAAAACA